AAAAAAUUGUAUAACUAAUACUUUAUUUUAUGACGAAAUUAUUAUAACUAAUACCACUCCUGCCAAAUCAGUGAUAAAUUAAUAAUACAAGUGUACAGACAAUCAAGAAACUAUAAACAAUUCUUGUUUAGAAUCACCUUCAAGACCUCAAGAAUCUCCCACCUACCGACCAAAUCACCAAGCUACUAACAUUGUACAUUGUAGGAGAAGUAAAUGGGUGAAGAGAAAUGGUGUGUGGUGACUGGUGGAAGAGGUUUUGCUGCUAGGCAUUUGGUGCUAAUGCUGAUUCGCUAUGAAAUAUACAAUGUGCGCAUUGCUGAUUUGGGUCCUACAAUCAAACUUGAGCCUGAUGAGGAAAAGGGUACUCUUGGACAAGCUCUCAAAUCGGGUCGCGCUGUAUAUGUAUCCAUGGAUCUUACUGACAAGUCCCAAGUCCUCAAAGCUUGUGAAGGAGCUGAGGUUGUCUUCCACAUGGCUGCUCCAGAUUCAUCAAUCAACAACCACAAGCUCCACUAUUCGGUUAAUGUGCAAGGAACGGAAAAUAUAAUUGACGCUUGCGUUGAGUUGAAAGUGAAAAGACUUAUUUACACCAGCUCCCCCAGUGUGGUGUUUGAUGGAGUUACCGGAAUUGUAGAUGGGGACGAAUCACUUCCAUAUCCUGCUAAGCAUAAUGAUUCCUACUCUGCAACUAAAGCUGAAGGAGAGGCACUUGUUCUCAAGUCAAAUGGUACUAAUGGGCUGAUGACAUGCUGCAUUAGACCUAGUAGUAUUUUUGGCCCUGGUGAUAGGUUGCUUGUUCCUUCACUUGUUUCAGCUGCAAGGGCUGGAAAAUCUAAGUUCAUCAUUGGUGAUGGAAAUAACGUCUAUGAUUUCACUUACGUGGAGAAUGUGGCACAUGCGCAUGUUUGUGCGGAACGAGCUCUAGCAUCAGGAGGAGCAGCUGCAGAGAAAGCUUCUGGGAAUGCAUAUUUCAUCACGAACAUGGAGUCCAUUAAGUUUUGGGACUUUGUAUCACUUGUUCUUGAAGGUCUUGGCUAUGACAGGCCAAGUAUUAAGAUCCCUGCAUCUGUUAUGAUGCCAAUUGCACAUUUAGUGGAGCUGACUUAUAAGCUGUUAGCUCCUUAUGGAAUGAAGGUCCCACAGCUGACUCCUUCAAGAAUCAGACUCCUCUCUCGCAGCAGAACAUUUAGUUCUUCAAAAGCAAGUGAUCAACUAGGAUAUUCACCUAUUGUCACACUUCAGGAGGGCCUAAGGAGGACAAUUGAAUCCUAUCCGCAUCUGAGAGCUGAACAUGGGUCGGCAAAGGAUGGUUCUUCUAAAUCGUCUGCAUCUCUUUUUAAACGGUUCUUCCUCAUGGCAGUUUUCUCUCUAUUGAUUCUAAGCAUCCUUGGCAUCAUUUCACCGUGGAGUUUCCUCGUCAUAGGAAUCCUUGUUGUCUUUGUUGUGCUCUUGGUAUAUGGCGAAGGGAAGAAGAAUUAGAUCAUUUUGUUCAUGCAAAUUUUGGUUGGGAGAACUUUCAACUCUAAGAAAAUACAAUGAUGGGUCAUACAUACCAUAAGGACGUACAACAACGCCAUUCCCUCGUUGGAGCCUAACUCACUUGAGAGAAGUUUUCUUAUGCUUGUUCUUGAAUUCUAGGAUCUUGUUUACACCCUGGAGUACUACUAUAUAGCAAUGUGCCUGUUCCAAGCUGGUUAAUUUGUUUUUGAUAUGCUGAUGCCUGUAUUGUACAAUUCACCUAUAUACCUACCCUUUUGUUUCCUCUAA